AUGAUGCAAAGAAUAUAUCGAUUUAUUUUCGUUACCUCUACGGGACUCGCCACCACUCGUCCAACUCGUCUCUCUGCAGUCUUCACUUUUCAACUUCUGUUGAAAUCACCUUCAUUGCAGCCAACAGCAAUUUCUCAGCCCAAAGUCCCCAAACGUCAACAAAUGCAUAGACACAAAUGUCAAUUCGGUAUGGCUCUUCAUGCUUUUAUUGGAACUUGGGAGAUAAUCGGAUGCGGGUACAAUUAUGGAACGUACAGCGACAAUCAAGGACUGGAAGGUGUUCGAUUUCGGUUAGAUGAGAAUGGAGACGUCACUUGGACUGUAUCUGAAGAACUUAAGUCUGUACCUCUGUUCCGAUGCGAGACUUACGAACUGUACAGUACAACAAUAUCAGGGGUCGUUUUGCGUUUUGGAGCAUAUGCAGGUCACGUACUGGAAUUCCAAUGUGACCAAGUUGAGCCUCGAGAUAAUGUCAGCAUGACGUGCGAAAGCUGGUGUACCCUUCAUUGUAAGCGCGUAUAUGAGGAAUUGUCGGACAAAUACCACUCAAUACCUUUCUCACUUUUACCAGCACUAGAAGAUGGGUACUUUUCAGAUCUGAUUCUUACUUCUUCAAAUAAGAAACAAUUUAAGGUUCACUCUUCAAUCUUGAAAUUGCAAGGCAGUGGCAUUGAGUGGUCUGCUGAGUCUUGUCCUUUGAGUAAUCUUCCUGAAGACGUUUUAGGCACGAUUUUACACUUCCUCUAUGCAGAAUGCCUGCCCGAUACUUUAACAGAAGUUACAGCUCAUCAGGCUUUAAACGCUGUGUCUCAGUACCCCAGUUUAAGUAAGCUUGUCAAUAAAUGUAAUCUAUUUUUGAAGAACAUGGCACUAAAGCAACAGAUAAUUGGACUAGUUAAUGAUAUGCAUGGGAGUAUGAAUCAAAUAAUCGAACAUUUUAAUGUAAGGAACAACCAUUUGUCUUCUGAAAACAUCACCUCAAAUCCUGCUAAACUUUGUUUUGUUGUUAAACAGUCAAUCAGGGAUGCGGCAGUUGCUGCCGUGAAGUUGCUCUUACUCUGUGAUUUGUUUACUAAGCGCAGAAACGAAUUGUCUAGAGAAGAAAGGCAUGAAAUAAUACGUUAUGCAAAAUCGAGGCUUCCCAUAUUCCUUAUGCAACUGCAAAGAUUCUUGCAAGCUCUGAAAAAUACCUUUAGCUCAAUGUCAGCGGCGCAGCGUCUGGAAGUUGCGACUUUCUUAGUUCCUGAAAUUGAAAUUAUAUUAGACACGAUUUCUACCUUGAUUGUCCAGGUGGAAAAAGCCUUACAACAAAUAAUUCAAGUGCUUUCGCCCAAUGAUGGUACCAGGAGUAAAUCAGGAGUAGGCGAUAUGUUGGGAAAGUCGUUACGGAACGUUCUGCACAUAAGAGAAUUGACGAAAUUGCGAAACUUUCACGAACACAUAACGUGCAGUCUGGGAUUAUUAAUCCAGAAAAAGGAGAAUUUUAACGAUAUGUCUUCAGCGCAAAAAGUGCGUUCGAUUGCUAGAAAUCUGGAACAGCUCAUUGAAGAGCUUCCAAUAUUUCUUUUACGUUUAGAAGAUGUGACGACAGCUUUUGACGAAAAACUCGAAUGGAGAGAAUUCAAGUUCUGCUUCAAAGUCGGCACCAGCAAAGUCUCCGGCAUUUUACAAAAACUAGUGGCCCAUCGAGAUAUGCUGCAAGAAGUGGUUUUACAACUUUGCGAACUAGUUCAAAGAGACGCUUUCAACCAAUCUCUUCAGACUCUAGGUUUAUUAGAUGUCACGUCCACAGCGGCGCAUUCGAGCGAUUGUCAAAAAAUGUCACCAACUUCAUGCAACUCCACUCCCAAACAUCAUCAUGGAUAUAAGUUGAACUUGGUCGAAUCUCUGUGCGUUCCACCAUCUUCCAACAAUAGCGUAUUAUCGAAACUCGCUUUACAAAUGUUCAAAAGUGCAACUGACACUGAUAUGGAAUUCGAAAUCGUUGGAAGUGGGGUGAGUACGGAACAAAGCGAAAAUGAAGUUUCUGAAGAAGAGCAGUGCACUAUCAAAGCGCACAGAGUCAUCGUGGCUGCAAGAUGUGAUUGGUUUAGAAGGGCUUUGUUGUCGGGGAUGAGAGAAGCGAUCGACAAGAAAAUAAUUAUCCACGAUACGAGUCCGUUCCUGUUCCGUAUCUUUCUGGAAUAUCUGUACAGCGGUUGUCUUAGAGACGACUCCCUUUCUAUCGAGCAGCUGGUUGAGCUUUUGUUGUUAAGCGACCGAUACGAAGUAGACUCGUUGAAACAGACCUGCGAGUACGCCCUUCAGCACAGCAUAGAUAUGGAUUCGGCAUUGUACUUUUUCAACAUGGCCGAUCAAUACAACGCUCGAAUUUUAAAAAAUUUCUGCUUGAAUUUCAUAGCGCAACACCACGAACUGACCGAAUGCGAGAUAUUCUUCGAAUUACCCAUCGCCUUGCAAGCCGAAAUAUUCGAUUGUGUCUGGACGCAGCCGCCUCCGGCCAAAUCCACGACAAUGGAACAAUUGCUGCCUUCGUCCGUUACACCCACUAGUCCAGAUUCGAGUACAUCGGAACGCCAUAAGAUCCCCGACUGCCAAAAUUUCCACCACGCUGACUAUCAGCAGUCGAACAGCAGCUCGAUCGAGGAUCUUCCAUUAGCACAAGACGCCGGGAGACUCGAUAAUUGCAUCAGCCAAUUAAGGGAUAUAAUAGGUGAUAGUGCCCCGAGAGAACAAUUAGUACAAGUUGUUCUUGCCGCUGAUUACGAUCUCUGCAGAGCGGUUAAUUUUUACUACGCUAGAAAUCAAGAAGAGGAGUAGCGGUUCGAGUUUAACAACUUCAAUGCACAUAUUCCAUUGUUAUUAACUUUAUAGUAAUUCGAAAAGACUGCACACUGUUUCGUGAUCGUCUAAAAUCAAAUUUUACAAUAAAGCCGCGCCUUGUGUGGACGGAUCGGGUGCUGCGUCAUGUGAUGGGUUGUUACCAGGUUUAUUUAUUAAUGCAUUUUAAUUAGUCGUCUGAGUAUUGUUAUUAAUCUUGUAUUAUAUAUUUUUUAACAUUCCUAUGUAGCCUUGUUGACGCUUCUUUUCUGUGGGAUGAAUAACAUUGUUAAUACGUUCCGAGCACGUUGUACCUUUAACGAGAUUAUUUUUGUCCUCGAUCGCUAGUCAAUAUUUAUAGGUUGUAGUCUUCUUUUGUAAAUAACGGCUUUUAUGUAGACAACGAAAAUAAUUUUAAGUCUGGUUUGUUUAGCGAUCCGUUUGAUUAUUUACACAAGAAGAUGACUAACUCAUUUGUAUUUUAGAUCUAGAUGGAGUCAUUUUAAGAGAAAAUAUAUACCUAUCGGUUACUGUUGUGCUAAUACUUAAUUUUCUCGACAAAUUUUGAUGUUUAGAUUCAAUGAAGAGUUUAGACCUCACUAAAAUAUCGAUGUUACUGUUAUUAAAUGAUAAUAAAUCUCUUUAUAUCAA